AUGUCAGUGGUGUCAAACUUGUUGAAGUCAGUCAAAAAUCACCUCCCUUUGGUUUGUUUAUCAACGACAAAGUUUGAGAAGAUAAACGGAGCUGGUGACAUGGCAUCAUUUCAGCUCAGUACUGUUGCUUACCAAUCCUCAUCUUUUCGACGUCUUCCCGUUUCCCGCUUCGCAUACCCAUCCAUUCGUUGCGCUAACGAGCGCCAGCUGCUCUUUAACCGCAUCGCUCCUGUCUAUGACAACUUGAAUGACUUGUUGAGUUUGGGUCAGCAUCGUAUCUGGAAACGUAUGGCUGUAUCCUGGACUGGAGCAAGAAUGGGAGACUGUGUGUUGGACUUGUGUUGUGGAAGUGGUGAUUUAGCAUUUCUCUUGUCUGAAAAAGUUGGCUCCAAUGGCAAGGUGACUGGUCUUGAUUUCUCGAAGGAGCAGCUAUUGAUGGCUUCAACCCGUCAAAAUUUGCUUUCAAAUGCCUGCUUCAAGAACAUCGAGUGGGUUGAGGGUGAUGCAACUGAUUUGCCGUUCCCGGAUUGUUACUUUGAUGCUAUUACUAUGGGUUAUGGGCUGCGAAAUGUGGUGGAUAGGCAGAAGGCCAUGCAGGAGAUGAUUAGAGUACUGAAACCAGGUUCUAAAGCAUCAGUCCUUGAUUUUAAUAAAAGCACUCAGCCGUUUGUUGCUUCAUUUCAGGAAUGGAUGAUUGACAACGUUGUUGUCCCUGUGGCAACUGCAUAUGGUCUUGCAAAGGAGUACGAAUAUUUGAUUGGUUCAAUCAGAAAAUACUUAACAGGGAAGGAGUUGGAAGAACUUGCUCUGGAAGCAGGAUUUUCUACUGCCAAACAUUACGAGAUUAGUGGAGGUCUAAUGGGGAAUCUAGUAGCCACACGUUAG